AUGGUGGCGAGGAAGAAGAUUGCGAUCAUGACCUCGGGCGGCGACUCCCCCGGCAUGAACGGCGUCGUUCGUGCAUGCGUCCGCAUGGCCAUCCACAUGGGCUGCGACCCCUACUGCAUCUACGAGGGCUACGAGGGCCUUGUCCGCGGCGGAAACCUGAUACGCAAGAUGGAAUGGCACGAUGUGCGUGGCUGGCUGUCCGAGGGCGGCACUCUGAUCGGCACCGCCCGCUGCAUGGCCUUCUUCGAGCGUGCCGGCCGCCUGGCGGCAGCAAGGAACCUCAUCUCCCAAGGCAUCGACGCUCUCAUUAUUUGCGGAGGAGACGGCUCGCUCACCGGGGCUGAUAGGUUCCGCGCCGAAUGGCCAACCCUGAUCGAGGAGCUCGAGGCCAACGGCGAGUACACGGCCGACCAACUCGCGCCCUACCGGCACCUCAACAUCGUCGGCCUGGUCGGGUCAAUUGACAAUGACCUUUCCGGAACAGAUGCCACCAUCGGCUGCUACUCGGCCCUCGCGAGGAUCUGCUACGCCAUUGAUCUGAUUGAGGCUACUGCUUCGUCGCAUUCCCGCGCCUUCGUCAUUGAGGUCAUGGGAAGGCACUGUGGGUGGCUGGCACUAAUGGCCGGUAUUGCGACAGGCGCCGAUUUUAUCUUUAUUCCAGAGAAGCCUAGGAAGGACAACUGGAGGGAGGAGAUGUGCAGCAUUGUCGAACAUCACCGGAAACAAGGAAAACGCAAGACCAUCGUCAUCAUCGCCGAGGGCGCUCUCGAUAGGGAAGGCAACAAGAUCACCCCGGAGAUGGUGAAGGACCUCCUUGCCGACAAAAAGGGCCUUGGACUCGACACCAGGAUUACAACCCUCGGUCACGUCCAGCGUGGAGGAACCGCUGUCGCAUACGACCGCAUGCUCGCAACACUACAAGGGGUGGAAGCUGUGAAGGCCGUGCUGGAGGCGACACCCGAGACACCUACCUGCGUCAUUGCUAUCAACGAGAACAAGAUUGUCAGAAAGCCCCUUAUGCAAGCCGUCCAAGACACGAAAAGGGUGGCCAAGGCGAUAGAGAGCCAGGAAUUUGACCAGGCCAUGGCGCUCCGUGAUACCGAAUUCUCGGAGCAGUACAGGUCGUUUAUGAUGACGACAGCAGUUCAGAUGAAUGAAAAGAUGCUGCUGCCAGAAAAGGAGCGCAUGAAAAUCGGCUUUAUCAAUGUCGGUGCUCCCGCGGGCGGCAUGAACGCCGCAGUUCGAGCAGGCGUAGCGUACUGUCUGUCGCGCGGGCACGAGCCGGUGGCCAUCUAUAACGGAUUUGCCGGCUUUGCGCGUCACCACGACGACAAACCGCUUGGGGCUGUUCGGCCCUUUGACUGGCUCGAAGUCGACGGCUGGGCAAGCAAGGGUGGUUCGGAAAUAGGAACGAACCGCGAGCUUCCCAGCGAGUCCGGCAUGGAGACCAUCGCAAACUUGAUCGAGCAGUACCAGUUUGACGCGCUGUUCCUCAUUGGCGGGUUCGAGGCAUUUCACGCCGUGUCUCAGCUGCGGAAGGCCAGGGAUCAGUACCCGUCCCUCUGCAUCCCCAUCACGCUACUCCCCGCCACCAUUUCCAACAACGUCCCGGGCACCGAGUAUUCGCUCGGUUCCGACACAUGCCUCAACGAGCUGGUCGAGUACUGCGACAAAAUCAAGCAAUCUGCCUCGGCUACGCGGCGUCGCGUCUUUGUCAUUGAAACCCAGGGCGGCCGCUCCGGCUACGUGGCAACUCUGGGCGGGCUCGGGGUGGGCGCCUCGGCUGUCUACACCCCGGAAGAGGGCGUCAGCCUGGAGAUGCUUGCGGCCGAUGUGCGGCACCUCAAAGAGGUCUUUGCCCAAGACAAGGGCCAGUCUCGGGCAGGCCGCCUGAUCCUCAUCAACGAGAAGGCGUCCAAGGUGUACAACGCCCGCUUGAUCGCCGAGAUCCUCCGUGAGGAGGCCCACGGCCGCUUCGAGAGCCGCGAGGGCAUCCCUGGCCACAUGCAGCAGGGCGGCGUGCCGUCGCCCAUGGACCGCUGCCGCGCCGUCCGGCUGGCCAUCCGCUGCAUCCAGCAUCUCGAGCAAUACGGCCGCAACGUGCACAACAGGGUCAAGAACGAUCCCAUGAGCGCCACCGUCAUCGGCAUCAAGGGCGCCAGCGUCGUCUUCACGCCCGUCACUAAGGUCGAGGAGGAGGAGACGGACUGGCCGAACCGCAGGCCCAGGGCAGCGCACUGGCUGGGCAUGAAGGAGAUUGUGGAUAUUCUGGGUGGCAGGCCUAAGUAUCAUGCCCCCGAGCCGGACCUGACGGGCAUCAAGGCCAAGGAUGUCAAGAGGGGGAUUGAGCCCCUUUAA